AUGGACGUCGGCAAAGCUGAGCCUCUCUACGAAGUGAGGACUCCGGAAACCGAAGUAUACGACGACCUUCCUACCGAAGAAGACCUUAAGACUCUUCGUCGUGUAUCGGGAAAGAUUAAUUGGGCUGCUUAUACAGUUGCAUUCGCAGAGCUGGCCGAGCGAUUCUCAUACUACGGAAGUUCUAUCUUAUACACCAACUUCGUACAAUGGCCACUUCCUGAGGGAUCUCGAACUGGUGCUGGUGGUCUCAACGGUCAGCCCGGUGCAUUGGGCAUGGGUCAAAGUGCUGCACAGGGUAUCUCCCUGUUCAACCAAUUCUUCGCCUACUUCAUGCCAUUGAUUGGUGGUUAUGUUGCCGACGCUCACCUUGGACGUUACAAGACGAUCCACAUUGCCAUCGUUAUUGGUAUCGUGGCUCACAUUAUCCUCGUCGCUGCCUCUGCGCCCGAUGUCAUCAUUCACAAGACGAGUGCGACGGCCGCUUUCAUCAUUGGUCUUUUGACCUUGUGUGUCGGUACUGGUUUCUUCAAGGCCAACAUUUCUCCUCUGCUUGCAGAACAGAAUACUGACCGCCGCAUGCGUGUCGAGACGCUCCCAACGGGCGAGAGAGUGUUGGUUGACCCUUCUGUGACCAAUUCCAGAAUUUUCUUGGUGAAUCGUUCAACUAACUUGAACUCGUACUUUUAUUUUGCUGUCAACAUCGGCUCGUUGACUGGUCAGAUCUCCAUGGUAUACGUCGAGAAAUUCGUUGGCUUUUGGCUCGCAUUCCUCCUGCCAACUGUCUUGUUCGUCGCUGCUCCAGUAGUUUUGUUCUUCAAUCGCAAGAACUACAUUUUGAGCCCACCUACUGGCUCUAUUCUGUCCAAAUUCUUCCACAUGCUCAAAUUCUCCUGGAAGAACAAGCAAGGCUCAUUCAAGUGGGACGUUGCAAAGCCUUCGAACGUCCCCGCAGAGCAGCGCCCUGUCUGGAUGACAUAUGAUGAUGCCUGGGUAGACGAAGUCAAGCGCGGUCUCAGUGCUUGCAAGGUCUUCCUUUUCCUGCCUCUCUUCUUCUUAGCGUACAACCAAAUGACAGGCAACCUGACUUCCCAGGCCGCUGUAUUGCAACUUGGAGGCGUACCCAACGAUAUCAUCCAAAAUCUUAACCCUAUUUCGAUUGUCAUCAUGAUCCCCAUCCUCGACCACGUCAUCUACCCGGGAUUCCGCAAGAUAGGCUUUGCAUUUACCCCCAUCAAGAGAAUGACAGUCGGAUUCUUCUUCGCUGCCGCAUCGAUGGUCGCUGCUGCCGUCAUGCAACACUACAUCUACGUCAAGUCCCCUUGUGGUAAAUCGGCUAGUGAUCCAGAUUGCAUCAAAGAAUUUGGAAAGGCCGAUAUUAGUGUCUGGGCUCAGGUUCUUCCCUACAUCUUCAUCGGCAUCGCAGAGAUUUUCACAAACGUAACCUCCCUGGAAUACGCAUACGCCAAGGCACCCGCCAAUAUGAAGUCCAUGGUCAUGUCUAUCAACCUCUUCAUGAGUGCCUUCGCCUCUGCUAUCGGACAGGCGUUCACUCCGCUUUCUGAGGAUCCUCUUCUUGUCUGGAACUAUACCAUCAUCACUAUCCUUGCUUUCCUUGGUGGUGUAGGAUUCUGGUUCUGCUUCCGUGACCUGGACGCAAAUGAAGACAAGCUGAACAUGCUGGAAAGGAGUAACAUGCAAGGCAAAAACACUGUCGUCGAGCCGAAGGACACUGAAGCACAAGUUCAGCACGUUCACGAGCAGAAAAACUGA